UAUAUAUAUAUAUAGAGAGAGAGAGAGAGAAGCCAUGGAAGUGAUGCAAGUUCUCCAUAUGAACCGAGGAAAUGGUGAAACAAGUUAUGCCAAGAACUCAACCGUUCAGAGCAACAUAAUCUCAAUUGCGAAAUCAAUAACGGAAGAGGCCUUGAUAAAGCUGAUGAACAACACUGUCAUGGAGAGCAUGGGAAUAGCCGACCUAGGCUGCUCCUCCGGUCCGAACUGCCUUCUAUCGGCGUGGAACAUCAUCGACGCCAUCCACGCCACGUGUCGCGAUGCCAAUCGUCCGAUCCCCGAACUCAGCGUCGCCCUCAACGAUCUUCCCACCAAUGACUUCAACUACAUUUUCGCAUCGUUGUCGGAGUUUCACGACAAGCUCGAGAGGGAAAAGGGUUCCGGUUUCAGACAGUGUUUCGUCUCCGCCGUCGCUGGUUCCUUCUACGGCCGAUUGUUCCCUCGUCGAAGCCUCCACUUCGUCCACUCUUCGUCCAGUCUUCAUUGGUUAUCUCAGGUUCCAAUCGAUCUAGAGAACGAAAAUGGUAUAGCGACUGUAACAAAUAAAGGGAAGAUUUACAUAUCAAAGACGAGCCCCCAAAGUGUAUUGAAGGCCUACGCUUUUCAAUUCCACAAGGAUUUCUCGGAAUUUCUUCGAUCGCGUUCGGAAGAGUUAGUCCCGGGAGGUCGGAUGGUGUUAUCGUUCAUCGGGAGAAACUCUUCUGAUCCGACCACCGAAGAGAGCGGCUAUCAAUGGGAACUCCUAGCUCAAGCCCUCAUGGAUAUGGCCAAAGAGGGUAUCAUCGAAGAGGAAAAGAUCGAUACUUUCAACGCUCCUUACUACGCUCCGUGCUCCGGAGAGGUGACAGUGGCGAUAGAGGCAGAGGGUUCUUUUGGGGUAGAUCGCCUCGAGACAGUGGAGAUCGAUUGGGAAGGUUGUCUCGGCGAAAAGAGUUAUGACGUUAAAUCCAAAUCCGAAGCGAUUUCUAGGGGACUACGGGUAGCCAACACGAUCCGAGCCGUGGUUGAAUCGAUGCUGGAAUCUCAUUUCGGGGAAAACGUGAUGGACGAAUUGUUUCGGAGGUACGGAGAGAUCGUUGGCGAUUACUUCUAUGAGAGGAGGCCAAGAUAUGGAAACAUAAUUGUGUCACUCGUUAGAAAGGGUUGAUAAUCUUGCUUAUUUGGAAAAUAAAAUAUCCUAAGAUAAUUUUAAUUUUGAAUAAUUAUCUGUAAUGUUCCAAUGGUAAGGCU